GAACAACGUUACCUCGCAGGGAAUCCUGUUGUUCAAGGCAUCGCACAGCAGGAAACAUGUGUCGCGUGUCUGGGCUCGACAUCAGGGACCGGGCGCAGUCGAGGAGGCCCGGACAGAACGAUUUACACGAAGGCUGGGGUUCGCCGUGGGCGGCGAGCAAACUCCAAACCCCUCACAUCACCGGCGUGACGGAUCCCAGUUCUAUCGGACCGAGGCACCCCACUAAACCAAAAUAACCGAAUGACAUACCCCCGCCCUUGCUCCCCUGCCGACUCGCCUGGUUUAUGCAUUUUUUAAUUUACGCUGGCUAAACGCUGUGACAUGUCCCGGCUCUGGACUUGUACGGUUAUGUUGCCGUUACAGGGCCUUCCAUUCAUAGCUCACCAUAACAAGGUCAGUCACUCCUGUUCUCUGCGCUCUGACCAUCCACCCGCCACAGAUCUCCUUCCCCGCCAGGCAUCACCGACCCGCUCUCUAUAAUGGCUGUCGCAACCAUCUCUGCCGUUACCUCCCUCCCGACUCCCCCUCCGUCCCAGCUCUCCUUUGACAUGGCCUCGACAUCCAAGUCCCCCCUCGCAGGCAUGCCCAUCGACCAGCAUGUCGCCGGUCUUGCAAUAUCCGCUGAGGUCCCGACACCGCAGCAGACGCGAGUGCGCUACGAGCGCAAGCUGGGCGAUAGUGAACUCUCCUACUAUCUGCCUUCGCGGGCCAAUGGAGUCAACGACAUGUAUCUCCACCUCGGAUUCAAGGCCCCCGAACAUUUCACCACUCGAGCCCGAGUCAGCACGGUAUGGGCCAUCAUGAGAUUGCGCCAUCCGCUCCUCGCUGCUCGAGUAGACAUGCAGGAGGGCGUGUACGAUGAUGUGCGAUUCGUAUACUACUCGCCGUCAUCUGUCGAUGAUGCAAUUUUAGACGCAAGCGAGAACCUGGAAUAUCGGACGCAAGACAAAGACGAGCUGAUCAGCUCGUAUCUGAAUGGCCCGCGCACUCUGUCGAACGAUCGGGUAUCCUACCUCAUCCUUUCGCAACCAUCUUCGCAGCUCAUCCCAUCUCCCCCUCGCACGCCCACCUCCUCUACAAGCAGUUCAUCCCAAGACGCCCCUUCGGAAAUCGAAGGCAGCUACGACCUCCUCAUCUGUGCCGCCCACUUCCUGGGCGACGGCAUGGCGCUGCACCAGUUCGCACACGACUUUUUUACACUGCUCGGCGGCGAGAAGACGCAAUCUGAGCUCGUCGAGCUCCUGCGUCACGAGUGGGAGUCCCGCAGGACCGCCGACGUCCUGCCCCCCGCCCUGGAAGACAACCUGCCCGUGACGGGCAACAAAUUCCGCAGGGCUGCCGUGAAGGUGGAGUUCCAGAAGAACCAGGACAGGCUGAUCGGCGGGCAGACGUUCUCGCGCGCGGCGGGGAAGCCGAGGCGCACGAUCGUGCCCACGGUCGCGUUUGAUGAGGAGAGGACGAGGGCGAUGUUGAAGCGAUGUAAGGAGAAUGGGGUGUCGAUAUCGGCUGCGCUGUUCGCGCUGUGUAAUGUCGUGUGGGCGAGGAUGGCCAGCAAGAAGGAGUUGCCGAUGAUGAUGUACUCUGCUCUGAACCUCCGACCCUACUUCCCAGUCCAGCCUCCGCACCCGUCCUACUGGUUCCUCGCCGUAGGCUACUUCAACGUCAUCCUCCCGUCCUUCCUCCCGUCCGAUUGCGACGAGCGCAGGAUCUUCUGGCACCGCGCGCGGCAGGCGAAGGCGCAGUCGGCCGCGGCGGCGAAGAGCAAGAUGAUCAAGGAGCGGACGCAGGAGAUGGCGAAGGAGCGCGGGGCGCGCGCGAGGCAGUGGGCUGGGGAGGAUGAUGAGAAAGAGAGGAUGGAGCAGGCGAAGGCGGCGGGGGUUGUCCUGCCCGCCGCCGCUCCUGCUCUUGCUCCUGCUCAGCAACCUAAGCCUCCAGCGAAGGUAAACCCGAAGCCGCCCUCGCAAGCCCUCAUCGGCUUGUCCCUCCUCGGGAACCUCGACGGGAUCUACAAGCACCAGUCGUUCCCUGCGAUCAAGAUGCACACGCUGACCACCGGAUCGCGCCAGCGCCCUGGCGGGAUGCUGCUGUUCGGGUAUACGUUCGUCGGGAAGCUGUGGAUCAGUCUUGGGUAUGAUGUGAACGGUUUUGGGGAGGACGCGGGGGUGUUCUGGGAGAGGCUGAUUGACGCUGUGGACGAAUUUCUGGGAUGAACUGGACUACUGUAAGCUCGAGCUCCGUGUGCGUGAUCUACUGGUAUGGACGACUUUGCGAUGAUAUUCGGACAUCUUGGACUUUGCAUAUAAUAUCUGUCUUGCGCUGUAGAACCUAGUGUAGUAGUCUGUCAAACACUGAUGUUUGUGUAUAGUAAACCAAACUGAAUCCGCCUUGCUUUCGAAUGUCAGUAAUAUCUGCCCUGUCUUCUCGCGGCGCCUAAUCAUC